UUAUGAAUAGUUAGCUAGAAUAGGCCGUCUGUGUGCUUUAUACAAAAUAUAUUCACCAGAAGACCACCGGUUAAGCAAAGAUGACAGUUUGUCGCUAUGUUACAGCGCUGUGGAAUAACUCGCCCUUGUUACGUCAUUGUUUCUUCGGGAUUUCAAAAACGCAUGUCUUCAUACACAAACCACAGCGUGGAUUUGCCGCCAUAGUGAAUGAUGCAACAAUCAGCGGCUUCGUCCCAGAACAGCAGAGCACCGGUCGUGGGAAUAUCAUCCUGAUGGGGUGUCCAGGUAGCGGGAAGACGACGAUUGGCUCUCUGCUCAGCAAACAACUAGGAAUGUGGCAACUGGAUAUAGACAAUGAUCACCUUGAGCCUCUGUGGGGCACAACGGUGGCCCAAAAACUCAGUAUUGUGGGAGAAGAAAGUUUUAUACAAGAGGAAGGGAAGGCUGUAGAGCAGCUAAACGUAUCCAACCGGGUUAUUUCACUUAGCGGGUCGAAUCCUCUUCACACGGCUUCAAUGACACAGCUACGGGAAAGCGGUACCGUGGUAUACCUCGAUGUGCCAAUCAGUGAUAUCUUGUGCCGUCUACAUAAGAUGAAAACAGACCGUAUAGUUGGGCAGGGAAAUGGUUCUACAAUGAAAGACGUGCUUCAAUACCGGCUUCAGUUCUACGAAAAGUUUUAUGAUAUUCGUGUUAUUGUUGGGAAAAAUGAAACUUGUGAGAGUAUAGCUGAGAGAGUUAUAGAUCACCUGAAGACAUUUAGAGAAGAAAGAUGCUAUUUGUCCACACGUGUGACCUCGUCAGCAAACCAAGAAGGAGUGUUUAAGAGCUUUUCAGAUACCAUUAUUCAGGGUUUUGCACAAGAUGGUGGUUUGUUCGUACCAGCUUACGACAUUCCUAAAUUUAGCCUGCAAGAAAUAGAGAGAAUUGUAGAUUUGUCAUACGAAGAAAGAGCUCUAAGGGUUCUGCAAAGGUGGAUUCCAUCUUCGCAAAUAGACUCUGAAUCCAUAAGAAAGUUCCUCAGUCAUGCUUAUGGUAGUGGGAAUUUUGAGGAUUCAAACGUAUGUCCCGUGCGCCAUAUUCACGGGAAUCAGUAUCUAUCUGAACUCUAUCAUGGUCCUACCGCAUCGUUCAAAGAUUUGUCACUACAGCUUAUGCCACAACUCUUCAAGCAUGCGGUUGAAAAGUCACCAGAACAUAGAAAUACACGGCACCUAAUACUUGUAGCCACGUCUGGGGACACGGGGGGAGCAGUACUCGAUGGAUUUUCAAGGCUGUCUGAAGAGACAGAUAUUGCUGUUAUGGUGCUCUACCCAGAAAACGGAGUCAGUGGUAUACAGAAGGCGCAGAUGACUUCAAUGAACGGCCACAGAACAAUUUCAAUCGGAGUGAACGCAGACUUUGACUUUUGCCAGUCUACAAUCAAAAAGAUUUUUCGGGAUGUCGAUCUUUGUAAGGAGUUAAAAGAGAAACAUAACUGUUAUUUAAGCGCUGCAAAUUCUAUCAACUGGGGACGGCUCCUUCCACAAAUUAUCCAUCACUGCUCGGCUUACCUUGAUCUCGUGAAACAAGGUGUUGUGCAGCUUGGCGAACACGUAGAUUGCUGCGUACCAACGGGAAACUUCGGGAAUAUAUUAGCAGCCUAUUAUGCAAAGCGUUUGGGCAUGCCGUUCGGAAGACUUAUCUGUGCUUCCAACGUGAAUAAUGUCCUAAGUCAGUUCAUCAAGACAGGAAAAUAUGACCUAUUCUCACGGAAACUCCACCUGAGCGUCUCCCCUGCCAUCGAUAUCCUCAAAUCAUCUAACCUAGAAAGAUACCUGUGGCACAUCUCGGACAGACGUGGCGAUAUCAUCCGGGAACUGUACACAUCUCUGGAAUCCAAAGACUUCUUUGAAAUUAACGACCAGAUGCGGAGCACAGUUCAGCGGGACUUUUUAUCAGAUUGGUGCUCAGAAGAAGAAUGCAUGGACAUGAUUAAAGAAACAUUUACUGAACACAAUUACCUGCUGGACCCUCAUACCGCUGUGGCCAAGGUAGUUGCAGACAGGUAUCUCGAAAUUGAUCGGCCAAUGCUUAUCGCAGCCACAGCACACUAUGGAAAGUUUGCAAACGAGGUGUUGCGGGCACUGAGCAUGGAUAACGGACGGCAGCACGCACCAGCGGGAUUGUUUAAAAUUUUAGAGGAACUUAAUACCAGACCACAAAUGCACAAGAACUUGUCACAAGCAGUAGAAUCUAACACUUCAACACAGCCUGUUUGCGAGGCGUCAUUGGAAGAUAUUGUGACUUGUGUGAAAGCAUUUGUUGCAUCAUUUUAGUCUGUGUGUGCAUCAACCGGCGUACAUGUUCUUAGCGUUAUUGGUGAAGCCAAACAUACCAAUGUAAUAGUAUCAUUAUGGAUGUUGUACCAGAAAAAAAUAAACAGCUUUAUGUUCCAAUAAAUCCU